AUGGAUGAAUAUCUAACAGUAGAAAAUGGCAUUCGUGAUGGUGUGAUAACCCAAUACAUGCCUAUAGAAAUCCUAGAUAAGGUAAGUCCAGAGGAAGUACCAGAUAUUCAAAGUAUUGUGCCAAAUGCAAAAAUAGGCUAUAUACUUGAAGUUGAUUUAGAAAUCCCAGUGCACUUGCAUGAUUUCUUUGCAAAUUAUCCUUUAAUGCCAAAAAGCAGAUAUUUAUGUAGUUAUAAUCAUCAAAUAUAUCUGGAGAGGGUAAAUAAGAUAAGGUUAAAUUCAUAUGAUAAUAAACGCUGGAUCUUACUUGAUGGAAUUCAAACUCUCCCAUAUGAAUAUUGGCGAAUUGGAUUAUACAAAUACCUAGUAGCAUUUGGAAUAUCUUCUGAGAAAGCAGAAGAAAGGGCUAUGAAAGUUAGACUUCAAGUCAAGGAAUAG